GGGCGCUGGGCUCUGGGGGCGCCGGAGGCGGAGGCGGACGCGUGAAGUCAGAGUUGAGUGGGCGGAAGGGAGCCAGGGGCUGAGGUGAGACCCAGAAGCCGGAAUUGAGAGAAGGAGCUGCUGCCGAGGGGGAGUCCAGGUGGCCGCACUCGGGACGGGAAACAUUUUCAAAAUGUCAACCAUUUAUACAGGCUGUUGCAUUUUGUCCAAUUGCCCUUAACUUGAUUUUUCACGGGGGGCAGCUGUAAGCCCUCCCACCGUCCGACCUCAUUGCCUGAUUCCCUCAGUUUCAGGUAGGGUCCAGAUUCUUUGUCCAGCGCCAGGCCUCCCGCCCUUGUGGCUGCUGCUUCGAGUUUUUAGUUAGAAAUGUGAUCACACACGUGAAGGUGCCUGUCCUUUUGAUCGCGCACGACUCCUAUCUCUUUUUGUUUCAAAAACCUGGAGUCUUAGCACAAUGUGUCUCUUCUUCCCAACUGCUCAUAGGUCCUAGAUAUGGGAGCCCUGGUGGUGCCAUAGUUAAGCACUCGGCUGCUGAAAGAUUGGCAUUUCAAACCCAAGCAGCGGCUUUCCGGAGAAAGACCAGUCAAUGUGUUUUCCUUAAAGACUAAACCAAACUAAGAACUUUUUUUUUUUUUUUCUGCUUGACUUCCGACCUUCCGGUUAGCAGAGCUCUUAACCACUGCACCACCCAGGCUCCUUAAAGACUAAAGACAAAAAAACCCUAUGGGGCACUUCUGCCCUAUGGGACUCCUUCUAAUCUAUCACAUGGGGUCACUAUGAGUGGAAAUCAACUAGAGGUCACUUAACAACAUCUCUUAAAGGCAAAGAGCAUGGGGAGGAGGAGGAAAAAACCUCUAAACCUUGGUGCAGCUCUACAGAUUAAAUGACAUUUGCUUCUCCAUUUUCUUAACAGACAUGGUCAGUUAUCAUCCAGCAGGGCACAUGCAUUUGCCCCGAGCGGAUGCCAUUCGUUCCCGUCUUGUUGAUACCUUCUCUCUCAUCGAGCAUUUGCAAGGCUUGAGUCAAGCUGUUCCAAGGCACACUAUCCGGGAGUUAUUUGAUCCCUCCCGUCAGAAGAAACUUAUGUUGGGUGAUCAGCACCAGCUAGUGCGCUUCUUCAUAAAGCCUCGUCAUGUAGAACGCAUCACGCAUGCCCGGAGACUGAUGAGCAGGCUUCGGGUGCGCUGCAGCCAGAGGCCACCGCUUUCCUUGUGGGCCGGAUGGGUCCUGGAGCGUCCUCUCUUCACAAAUUUUAUCAUCUUCCUCAUCUUUCUGAAUACGAUCGUACUGAUGGUUGAAAUAGAAUUGCUGGAAUCCACAAAUACCAAACUGUUGCCCCUGAAGCUGACGCUAGAGGUGGCAGCUUGGUUCAUCUUGCUUGUUUUCCUCUUGGAGAUCCUUCUUAUGUGGACAUCCAGCUUUUUCCUCUUCUGGAAGAAUGCCUGGAAUGUCUUUGACUUUGUUGUCACCAUAUUGUCCCUGAUUCCUGAGGUUGUGGUGCUAGUAGGGGUAACAAGCCAGUCGGUGUGGCUCCAGUUGCUGAGGAUCUGCCGGGUGCUGAGGUCACUCAAACUCUUUGCACGAUUCCGUCAAAUUCGAGUCAUUAUUUUGGCCCUGGUCAGGGCCCUUAAGACCAUGACCUUCCUCUUGAUGUUGCUGCUGAUCUUCUUCUACAUUUUUGCUGUGGCUGGUGUCUACUUCUUCGAAGGCUAUACCCGUUCAACUCGCCAGGACCUGGAGUACCACAUGUUCUUCUCGGACGUGCUAAAUUCCCUAGUGACUGUGUUCAUUCUCUUCACCUUGGACCACUGGUAUGCAUUGCUUCAAGAUGUCUGGAAGGUACCUGAAGUCAGCCGCACCUUCAGUAGCAUCUAUGUCAUCCUUUGGUUGUUGCUUGGCUCCAUUAUUUUUCGAAAUAUCAUAGUAGCCAUGAUGGUUACUAACUUCCAGAAUAUCAGGAACGAGCUGAAUGAGGAGAUGACACAUCUGGAGGUUCAGCAUAAAGCCGGCAUAUUCAAGCAGCAGAUUAUCCAGAGGAGACAAAACCUGUCCCCUGAGGCAAUGAAGUCAAGUCAUAGCAAAAUCGAUACCAGAGGAGCUGAUCAAAAAAGGGGCACUUUGGACUCAGAAAAUUCAGAAGAUGAGACGAAACAAAAUGCUGUUAAAAAGAAUUCAGUAACAUCAGCAAAAGCAGAAGAUUCCUUGUCAAAAGCAAAAAAGUCCUCAUCUUCCUCCUCCGCAUCAUCCUACUCUUCUUCGGCUUCUGAGUCCAGAGGUCCUGAAGCUAUUGGUCAGUUGGACUGGGAGACUCAUGUGCACCAGAAUCUGCCUGGCCUAAUGGACUUGGACCAGGAGGAACGCGUUGUUUGGCCCAGAGAUUCACUCUUCCGAUAUUUUGAGUUGCUGGAAAAGCUUCAGUAUAACCUAGAGGAGCGUAAACGGUUGCAAGAGUUUGCAGUGCAGGCGCUGAUGAACUUCGAAGACAAGUAAAGCUAACGGUGGAUGGCUUCGAUAUCUUUGGGCCCAGCAAAAAAUGAUGAAGAGAAUGGUUCCAAAGGGAGAACUCAAAGUAAAAGUGUCUAAUAAAUACUGCUGAUAGUUGCUCAGUGGUCUGUCUCUGAGACAUAAUGGAUACUGAAAGGCAUAAGGUCACAUGAAAAAAUGAGUUCAGAUGCCAGGAGAGCCUGUGGUCCCUGGCUUUCUCUCCUUUCCAUAGCUCCUGAGCCUGGCUUUUCUCAACUUCAUCACCCUAGCCCUCACCCUUCCUGCAACCUCUGCUUCCUCAGAGAGUCCCCACACACGGAGCCUUGAUAGUCCUCGGAUGGGAAAGGCCUUUGUGUGGGGGUAAGCAGCGCUUACAAACAUAUCAUUGAAAACUGUUGUUGUAUCCCCUACUCUACUAACAUUUUCUCUCCUGCGCACUGUUAACUUUAAUCAGCUUUACCUGUUCCUGGGCCAAAGGGGAGCCCCUUUGUUCCAUAUCCUUGCUAUUGUUCCAGGCUGUGAUUCUACUCUCCUGGUGUUCAAAUCAGUAAGUGUUCUGUAGAUGUUUCCUGUUAGUGGGAUCUCAGGGUUAGUCUGUCUCCUGUCAAAGCAGGAGCCCCUUUUAGAACAUCACUGAAGGCGAUUAUCCGUCUGAAGCUUACUGUUUCUGGUUACUGGAAAUUUAUUCUCUAGAAGGGAUCCCAUUGCAUUGUCGAGGAUUCGAGUCUUUAGAAAUAUUUAUUGUUUAAAAUUAUUUUAUUGGGUGCUUAGCAUAUAUGAGGAUAUAUAUAUAAUAUGUAUGUAUUUAUCUCAUGUAUGUAUAUAUGGUAUGUAUGUAUAUUCCAUUUUAGAGAUCAGAAAAUUGAGACUUGGAUAAGUUCCGUAACUUGCCCACAGGCACAUACUAAGUAAGAGGCAGAGCUAAGAUUCUAACCCAGGUUAAAAAUUCUGAGUCGGUUGAGAAAAAUAUAAUUUAAACCACUUAAACGAUAAAAGUACUUUCUAGCUCUUGUGACUGGGCAGUUCAGAGGUAGUGUGGCUUCAGGGUUGAUUUGAUAUAAAAAUGCACCAUCAUCAAGCUUUUGUUUCUCUGCAGUCCUUUUGUCUCUGUUCUCUUCCACGUGUCUGCUUUACCCUUAGGCUGUCAUUGCUCAAGUAGCCAGAUAGUUUCCUGCAGCUCCCAGCCUACAGACUUCUUUAGUCACAUCCAGGGGAAGGGAGACCAUGACUUCUUUCUCAGUCAUUGAACAAAACUCCUGAACUUUGAGUCAGAAUAGCAGUUAUUCUUGGAAUGUGGAUACUGACCAGGAACGAACACAAGGGAGCCUUCUGGGGAGCUGGUAAUUUUCUAUAUCUUAAUCUGCAUGGCGGUUACACAGAUAUAUACAGAUGUAAAAAUUCAACAAGCUGUGCACUUAAAAUCUGAGCAUUAACUGUAUGUAAAUUAAACCUCAAACACAUACACACAUAUACAAAGUCCCAAGCAUCACUCGGAUUGGACCCAGUUAGGUCAUAUGCCCACUCCCGAACCAAUCAGGGAGGUAAGAUGGAUGUUCUGGACCGGGAGGCGGGGUCAGUCAUAUCCAACUUCCAAGACUGCUACACAAUAGGGGAGGGAUAGAAUGGAUGAUGCCGAAGGAACUGUAAAGUCCUCUGUAGUAUUCAUCACUAAAGAUUAUGUCUAGAAAAAGCCAACAUAGGAAAAAGAAAAGUGAAUGUUCAAAAUAUCUCCAUAGAGAUAGAGAGUAGAUUAGUGGGGAGGGAGAAAUUAGGAAUGACUCUUAAAAGGUACGGUGUUUCUUUUGGGGGUGAUGGGAAUGUUCUGGAAUUACAUAGUGGUGUUGGUUGCACAACAUAGUGAAUAUAUUAAAAACCACUGAAUUGUACACUUUAAAAUGGUGAGUUAAUAUCUCAAUUAAAAAUGAAUUGACACAAGUAAAGAUUAUUUAAAACUAAGAAUCAACAUCACGUUUCAAGGAAAAGUAUUUUAGUCAUUCCCCAUAAAAUGAGGAAACAAACAAAAAUAUUCUUAAAAUUUCUAAUACAACAAUUUUUUUUUUUUUUAGUGCAUACAAUGCUGUAUUAGAAAUUCUCCCUAUCAUGAGAAAUACAGCAUAAAUAUUUGGCAAGAAAAACUAAAAAUCCUAUUUUGAGACAUGAUUUUAUACCUAGAAAUUCCAAAAGAAUCAACUAGAAUUAGAAAUAACAAAAGAUUUCCACUUAGUACAAAGAGUGGUAAAACAGCUUGGGACAGAAACCUGGGAAACAGGAACAUUUAAGAGAUAGGAGGAGGAAGAGGAGCCAGCGAAGGAGCCUGAGAGGGGGAUAGACAGGAGGAUAAGCAUUCUAGAGUAAUGUCCCUAGAGUCAAGAGAGAAUUUAAAGAAAGAAAUGGUCCAGUAAAAUUAGGACUGGAGCAUCUGCUGAAUUUAGCAAUCAGAAUACAAUAAGCAUAAUAAAACAGAGUAAGGAAGCAUUAUUUAAAAAAUCCGACAUAUGCUAUCCACAAAGUAGAUGCUCUUUGAAUAGCAUCUUUGAGUAGGUUUGUGCAAAGUGUGGUCUGAGGCAUUGGCUUCAUCUGGGAACUUGUUAGAAAUGCAGAACCUCAGGUAAUACGUAUCAAGCCUACUGAAUCAGGUGAUUCAUAUGCACAUCGAAGUUUGAAAAGCAUUGCUUUACAGAUAUUUGAUGAUUGAUCCUUUCCUAGAUUUCUAUAAAGAAAAAAAAUCAAAUGAAUGCUCCCUGCGUGUUGCCAGGGCUCCAAACCAUGUGAUAAAAAAAAAAAAAAAAAAAUGUGAUCGUAGCUGCUAAACAGUUUUCUGACUAAAUACAAAUAUUCUUAAAGUCUGUGGAUCAAAUCCCUACUGACAAUUCAUCCAUUACCUCUUUUAUCUUCCUUUUUAUCCUUGCCCCUACUCUGAAUAUAUCCCUGCGACUCAAGAAGACAAAGUAUUACAAUGACAUGUGCGGGGAGCGCCAAAAGGGAAGGACACGCUUGCCUUUCUCAAGCUGAAAGAACUGAAAAAAAAAUUCAAGCCUCAAGCUGCAAUAGUGAAGGAUUCUAUGGGCGAAAAUACUAAACGAUGCAGGAAGCAUCAAAAGAAGAUGGAAGGAACACACAGAGUCACUAUAUCAAAAAGAACUGGUUGAUGUUCAACAUUUCAGGAAGUAGUAUAUGAUCAAGAAACAACGGUACUGAAGGAAGAAGUCCAAGCUGCACUGAAGGCAUUGGCGAAAAACAAGGCGCCAGGAACUGAUGCAAUACCAACUGAGAUGUUUCAACAAACAGAUGCAGCACUGGAAGCGCUCACUCACCUAUGCCAAGAAAUUUGGAGGACAACUACCUGGCCAACCAACUAGAAGAGAUCCAUAUUUAUGCCUAUUCCCAAGAAAGGUGAUCCAACCGAAUGCAGAAAUUAUCAAACUAUCAUUAAUAUCAUAUACAAGUAAAAUUUUGCUGAUGAUCAUUCAAAAGCGGCUGCAGCAAUAGAAUUGCCAGAAAUUCAGGCCGGAUUCAGAAGAGGACAUGGACCCAGGGAUAUCAUUGCUGAUGUCAGAUGGAUCUCGGCUGAAAGCAGAGAAUACCGGAAAGAUGUUUACCUGUGUUUUAUUGACUAUGCAAAGGCAUUCGACUGUGUGGAUCUUAACAACUUAUGGGUAACAUUGCAAAGAAUGGGAAUUCCAGAACACUUAAUUGUGCUCAUAAGGAGCCCCUACAUAGAUCAAGAGGCAGUUGUUUGGACAGAACAAGGGGGUACUGCAUGGCUUAAAGUCAGGAAAGGUUGUGCAUCAAGGUUGUAUCCUUUCACCAUACCUAUUCAAUCUCUAUGCUGAGCAAAUAAUACGAGAAGCUGGACUAGAUGAAGAAGAACGGGGCAUCAGGAUUGGAGGAAGACUCAUUAACAACCUCCGUUAUGCAGAUUACGCAACCUUGCUUGCUGAAAGUGAAGAGGACUUGAAGCACUUACUGAUGAAGAUCAAAGACCAUAGCCUUCAGUAUAGAUUGCACAUCAACAUAAAGAAAACAAAAAUCCUCACAACUGAACCAAUAAGCAACAUCAUGAUAAAUGGAGAAAAGAUUGAAGUUGUCUAAAAUUUCAUUUUACUUGGAUCCACAAUCAACACCCAUAGAAGCAGCGGUCAAGAAAUCAUAAGAAGCAUUGCACUGGGCAAAUCUGCUGCAAAGGACCUCUUCAAAGAGUUGAAAAGCAAAGAUGUCUUGAAGGCUAAGGUGCGCCUGACCUAAGCCAUGGUAUUUUCAAUCACAUCAUAUGCAUGUGAAAGCUGGACAUGAAUAAGGAAGAGAGAAGAAUUGAUGCCUGUGAAUUGUGGUGUUGGCAAAGAAUAUUGACUAUACCACGGACUGUCAAAAGAACGAACAAAUCUAUCUUGGAAGAAGUACAACCACAAUGCUUCUUAGAAGCAAAGAUGGCGAGACUACAUCUUGUAUUUGGACAUGUUGUCAGGAGAGAUCAGUCCCUGGAGAAGGACAUCGUGCUUGGUAAAGUACAGGGUCAUUAAAAAAGAAGAAGACCCUCAAUGAAAUGGACUGACACAGUGGAUGCAAUAAUGGGCUCAAGCAUAACAAUCGUGGGCAUGCCGCAGGACCAGGCAGUGUUUUGUUUUGUUGUACAUAGGGUCGCUAUGAGUCCAAGCCUAACAACAACCUUGUAUUUCACCGGAGCUCUGGUGGCACAGAAGUUAAGAGCUAUGAUGAGCUAAGGCUGCUCACCAAAAGGUCAGCAGUUUGAAUCUACCAGCCGCUCCUUGGAAACCCUAUGGAGCAGUUCUACUCUGUCCUAUAGGGUCAUUAUUAGAGUUGACUUGAUGGCGACAGGCUUUUUUGGAUUUAUAUCUUUCACCUAGAUUCUUAAGUCAAGGAAGGUAUUCAAGUUUUAUGCCAGGUAACCCUUGAGAGUUUCCUGAGGAGUGUUUUGGAAGUGAAGUUAGAAUUUAGAUAUUUGUGAUAUAACUAAAUUUUUUUUCAUGUAUAGUUUGUAUUAAGAUUUUAUUUCUGAAUAUAUUUUCCCUUUUGGUCUCUAAUUCUUACUUACAUCUUUAAAUACUAUACAACCAGUUGCCAUUGAGUUGACCUUGAUUCAUUAUGACCUUAUGUGUGUCAGAGUAGAACUGUGUUCCAUAGGGUUUUCAAUGACUGAGUUUUUGGUAAUAGAUCUCCAGGCCUUUCUUCUGAGGUACCUCUGGGUGAACUUGAACCUCCAACCUUUUGGUUAGCAGCUGAGUAUGUUAACUGCACCACCCAGAUAUUCCAUACUAGAACCUAAUGUGUUCUCACUUGGAAGCAGAAACAUUAAACAUUUGUUUUAUUAUAGCAUGAAGUAUGCAAAUAAUAAUGUAAGAAGGAAAGAGAAAUUUUA